ACGAUCUUGUAGUUCAGUGCUAACCCAUAUCGUGCACUUUUUAAAGUACUAAAUUGCCUCGUUCCUGUGGUUGUAAGGGUCGGUAAAUUUGCAACAUACUCCUUUCUCGCACUGCCUCACCAGGACAACCGCGAUAAAGUGGUGCUCCCUCUCGGUUCAAUGCAUCUUAUGUUAAAGACAAGUAGGUCACAUUCUUUUCACUGCAAUGAUCAAGGGAAGAUGAUCUUACACAACCUAAUUCAAUGUAAUUAAAGGCCCGGUUUUUUACCGAAAGCAAUCACCAUGUGUCACUCAAUGGCAAAUCGCACUGCGUGACUCGACUCCUACAAAAAAUUAUGCCAGAUCAUUUGUCUCAUGUUUUAUUGAUAUUCUUCUCUUUUAAAGCAAGUAUACACUAUAGCAAUGUCAGAUAGUCCAAUAUAUCAACCCUUGGAAGAGUUAAAACAACCCCUUUCUCAGGAACAGCUUCAGAUCCUUAAGGAUCAAUUGAGAUCUGAAGAGCCAAACCCUUCUCCCCAGACAAAAUUUAACUAUGCUUGGGGUCUAAUUAAAUCGCCCCACUAUAAACAACAACAGGAUGGUGUUGCAAUCUUAGUUGAAUUGUACAAAUCAGAAGAAGGAAUGAGAAGAGAAGUAUUAUACUAUUUGAGUUUAGGUUCAUUUAAAGUUGGGGAUUAUACCAAUGCAAAAAGAUAUAUUGAAGCUUUGUUGUAUAGUGAACCUGAUAAUCAACAAGCACAGGCACUAUUGCAAACCAUUGACGAUAGAAUUACCACUGAUGGUUUGAUAGGCAUAGGUAUUGUAGGUGGUGCCUUGGCUAUUGGUGUUGGUUUGAUUGGUGCUUUGGUUAGAAGAAAGAGAAAGUGAUUGUCACUUUGGAAAAGAUUUAUAUAUAUAUACUACGUUUCACGUUUGUUUUAGUUUAUAAAUUAUAUACAUUUACCAGUUUGUCCAAAGUUGUUGUAAAAUUUUGCCACCUAUAAAGGUUUGUUGUAAAUUGACUUCCAAAAGGAUAAUAAAAAUGAAUCAGAAAAGACAAAAAAAAGGUAAGCACUAUUAGGGUCUAACUAUGAGCAAUGAAUUGGGGAACAAAAUCGCCAGAGAAGUGAUAAAAACAUUCAACGACCUUAAAAUAAAGUCAGGAAAACCAACCCAAAGAUCCAAUGGAGUUAAAGAAUGGACUGUGUUAGCCAGUAUAGUGGCACUAAUAAGCAACAAUGAAGGUGAUGACUUCGAGUUAUAUCCCGUUACACUCACCACUGGUGUCAAAGCAUUGCCCAAUAAGACAAGGUCAUAUUCUCAAGGAUUAAUUGUACAUGAUUUGCAUGCUGAAAUUCUUUCUCUUAGAUUGUUCAAUUGGUAUUUACUAGAUGAAAUAGAGAAACUAAUUACUAAUACAGAGUACAAAUGUAUGUUAAUAGAGAAAACUCCCAAUGGAUUCAAACUUAAAUCGCAUGUAAAGCUUGCACUUUUUAUAACAGAACCACCAUGUGGAGAUGCAUCAAUGAAAUAUUUAUCAUCUAAUGCCAAAGACAAUAAACCAUGGCAAGACGACGAAGAGAAUGCAAGAAAGAAGCAGAAGUUGGACGUGCAGCGUGGCCGAAAUAAUUUCGAUAGGUUGGGAAUAGUUCGAACAAAACCAGGAAGAUCCGACAGUUUAAUCACUCUAUCAAAAUCGUGUUCUGAUAAAUUAUGCCUACGACAAUUAAUGGGAAUUUGUAAUUGUUUUACAGCUAAUUUAUUUGGAGAUAACCCAAUUUAUUUGGAUUAUUUGGUGGUUAAGAAUAUUAACAUAGAUGACUUCAACAGAUGUUUCCAUACUAGAUUCAACAUCCCUUCAUCUAAGUAUCUCGAAUUAAUUCGCUAUGACGGUGAUGAUUAUGAGUAUCAUAAACCGGCUAGUGAACAAGGUGAAGAAAUGUCACCAUCUCAAUUGUCAUUGCUAUACCUCAUUCCUACAAAGACAGUACAGGUUCUAAACAAUGGUGUUAAGAACGGAGCUUUUGUUAAGAACAAGCCACCACGAAAGGGCGGAGAAAGUUUCAUCUGUAAUCAAAGCCUUGUAAGAAAACUUAAUGCCAUAGCUCCGGUCAAUUUCAAAGAUUACAGUGAGUUCAAACGAUCCAACAUAGAAAGAGAGAAAGCCAAGAAACUAGGACAGGAAACCCUUGGUAAUUGGGUGCCUACAGAUACGGAUAACUUUAUGUUUCAUUUUUAAUAGAUUCUGUAUAUACACACAUAAUAAACACUCUUAAUCAGAUUCUGAAGCUGAUCCAUCAUCACUAAAUUCCUCAUGUGCAUCUUCAAAGUUAUCUAAUUGUUCAGAUUCAGUUGGUUCCAUGGAAAUGGCGUAUUCGGCACUCUCUAAAAGUUGAAUCAAUUUUUCGUGAUCUUUAGUGACAUAAUCUUUUGGUGUGAGAUGGUGUUUAUCCUUAAUUCUAGGAUCAGAACCAGCAUCCAAAAGGUUAUCAAUAACAAAGUAUCCAUGUUCCGGUUCAUCGUUAUUGGUAUAUUUGACAGCCAAAUGUAAUGGCGUUUCACCUUCUCUAUUUUGUGGAUCGAUUUCAACUCCUUCUAUGUCUAACACGAUAUCUAUAAAUUCCCAGUUUCCUAAAUGGCAAGCUAAAUGUAAUGCUGUGUUGUUGGUUAUGAUUUCUCUAGUGGAGUUGAUUAAUUCGGCUAACUUCUUGUGAUCGUUGUUUAAUUCCGAUUUAAUGGUCAAUAAUAACUCGGUGUUGUUUCUUCUAGCUGCUUCCAAGAGUUGCUCAGAAAGAGAGGCUCCUUCAACAGUAUUGUUCUCGUGUGACAUCGUCCUCAAUCGAUCUAUUGGUAGUUUGUUUUCACGAUGGAU